ACGGCAUCGUUUUUUUUCCCACGACCGGCAUGUAAAUACGACUUUAUUGCGCUUUGCAUAGAUCAGGCAAACUUAGAUUUAAUGUUAAGAACAGCUCAUUUAGAUGUGUCCGAACCGUGCAGCGCUUUAACAUUAGUGGGAAGCUUGCUUGCGAGUGGCUGAAGCUUGUGUCCUGAUAUGAAACUGGGUCUGAAGUGAUUGAAGUGGUUGAGAUGCUGUCCACCGGUCCAAGACUGCGGCUACUGAGGCUUUUGUCUUGUGUAACUCUUGUUUUACUUUUCCAAGACAUCGACGCUAAGAGGGAUUUAAAAAGCGCCUGCACCACCUGCCAGCAAAUAACUGAUAACUUCAACAAGGGCUUUGACAGAACAGCAAAGCAGAACUUUGGCGGAGGCAACACAGCCUGGGAGGAGAGGAAACUGUCUAAAUAUGAGACAAGUGAGAUCCGUCUGAUGGAGAUUGUGGAGGGGCUGUGUGAGAGCAGCAGCUUUGAGUGCAAUCGCAUGGUAGAAGAGCACGAAGACCAAUUUGAGACUUGGUGGUUCAAGAAGAAAACCAAACAUCCUGAUCUGCAUAAGUGGUUCUGCAUAGACACCAUCAAAGUGUGCUGUCCAAAGGGAACAUUUGGACCUGAUUGCAAUGCCUGUGUGGGGGGCUCUGAGAGACCUUGUCACGGAAAUGGAAUGUGCGAUGGCGACGGGACUCGCGGAGGGAAUGGAAAGUGCAGCUGCGUCCACGGUUAUAAAGGGGAGUUUUGCCUCGACUGCAUCGAUGGCUACUUCAACGAAGUGAGGAACGACACCUUCUCCCUUUGCACAGAAUGCCACUCUUCUUGCAAGACCUGCACUGGAGCAACCAAUCAGGACUGUGAUGAGUGCAAGGAAGGCUGGGAGGAGGAUGACCAGGAAGCUUGUGUUGAUGUGAAUGAGUGCUCCAAAGACCCUUCUCCCUGUGAUGAAGAUCAAUACUGCCUUAACACAGAAGGCUCCUACUCCUGCAAGGCUUGUGACAGAGUUUGCUCCGGCUGCACUGGAGCUGGUCCUGACAAGUGCCAGGCUUGUGCCAGCGGGUACCAGGACACAGAGGGCACCUGCACGGAUAUCGAUGAGUGUUCCCAGUCAGAGUCGGUAUGCACAAAGGAGCACCAGGAGUGUGUCAACACUAAAGGCAGCUACGUGUGCAUCUGUUCGAGUGGCUACGAGGAGCAAGAUGGCGAGUGUGUCCAAACACCACAGCCAGGAAACACAGAGGAGUCAGAAUCAUCCGAGACAACCACAAGUCCACAUGGGGAGCUUUGACUUUCAGAACUGGAACCAUUAGGAGCAAAACAAGAGGAACUGUUGAAAAGUGGUACAUCUGAAGCUGCUCGUUUUUUAAAAUAGUCAACUACACGCACUUACAUACCAGCUGCACUUAGAACCAACAAAAGUUGCCAGGACAGUGUUUUCCAGCUGUGGAUCAUGGAUUAAAGGACAAAACAAAAAAAAAAAGAGACAUUUUAUGCUCUUAGUAUGCUGGUCGUUGGUGCUUUUCUCUGGUGUGCGAAAACUACCACUUGUUGUCUUUAUUUGUUGUAUGGUUUUAAAAAUCCAAGAUGUUUCAAUAAAGGAAUUAUGUUAAAUUUAAG